AUGCCCUUCCUCGGCCUCUCAGGUGCUGAGGUCACAGGUGGGGCGCUGUGCGGAGCCGCGCUGGGUGCGUCGGGCUCUCUGGCACGUCCUCUCGCCUCCUCCGGGCUUCCGGCGUGGCUCCCGCGUGCCAGCGUGGACCUUAACCCGUCGCCUCCGCCGCCUAGCUGCGAUCAAGAGGACGAGGAGGACCUGGCCGGGGGAGACUGCAUUGGGAGCACGGUCUACAGCAAGCACUGGCUCUUCGGCGUCCUCAGCGGGCUCAUCCAGAUUGUCACACUUGAAAGUGACAAGUCCGACUCAGAUGAUGAUGAGCAGCAGAUGGAGCUUGCUGAAGAAAUGGAGAAUGAAAUUUGCAGAGUCGGGGAUAUGUCCAUGGAUGAGGAUGUGGCUUUAUUUCUCCAAGAAUUUAAGGCUCCAGACAUAUUCAUGGGAGUGCUGGCCAAAUCCAGGUGCCCCCGAUUAAGAUGCACUCUUUUCUGGCCUGGAUAUCUGACACUCCGUCUGGAGCUGGAGAGGAGGAGGGAGGCCUUCACCAACAUUAUGUAUCUGAAUGACAUAAGCCUGAUGGAAGGGGACAAUGGGUGGAUCCCUGAGACCUUGGAGGAAUGGAAGCUUUUCCUACAUCUACUACAGAACAAGAGCACGAGGCCAACUCCUCAGGAGUCACUGAAUGGGAGCCUCAGUGAUGGGCCUGCCCCCAUCAAUGUGGAGAAUGUGGCACUCUUGUUAGCUAAGGCCAUGGGCCCUGAUCGGGCUUGGUCACUGCUACAGGAAUGUAGUCUAGCCCUUGAGUUGUCGGCAAAGUUUACCAGAACCUGUGACAUCCUGAGGAUCGCUGAGAGAAGACAGAGAGCGCUGAUACAAGCCAUGCUUGAGAAGUGUGACCGGUUCCUCUGGUCACAGCAGGCCUAGUGGGAGAUCUGUCGGGACAUGGUAUCAUUUUGACCAAGUGGAAUCCUGCUCCGGAACCUUCAGAGGACUUUGCCACAGAAGGAAAGGGGAUACCCCAAACCAUGCCAGGAACAGAACCUG